AUGGAGUCCCUACACCAGAGGAUGGACCAAUUGGAGCUUUCUCAAGCUCGGUCCAAUACUACCCAUCGAGAUGCUCCACCUCGUGAGGAGUUGGCUUCUAAUAGCGAGGAAGAUGACUUCAUCCGUCGGCCAAAACAGGACUAUCGGAGAACAGAUGACGGAUUAAAGGGGGUCAAGAUUAAGAUCCCCUCAUUCCAAGGCAAGUCUAAUCCAGAGGCUUACCUAGAAUGGGAACAGCGAAUCGAGAUGGUAUUCGAGUGCCAGGACUACACCGAUGAACAAAAGGUCAAACUGGCAAUCCUCGAAUUCACCGAUUACGCUAUUGUCUGGUGGGAGCAGGAGCGCACUAGCAGGCGUUGCAAUAAAGAACGGCCAAUUAGUACAUGGGAUGAGUUACGAACCACUAUGAGAAAAUGGUUCGUACCCAGCCAUUACUGUCGUGAUCUAUACCAGAGGCUCCAGACAUUAGUUCAAGGAAGCCGUAGUGUGGAGGACUACUACAAGAAGAUGGAGAUCACCAUGCUCCGAGCAGACAUUGUGGAGGAUAAAGAGGCUACCAUGGUGAGAUUUCUUAACGGUUUGAGACCUGAGAUCGCCGAGUUGGUGGAGUUGCAAAACUACGUGGACAUGCUUGAGUUAAUUGAUAAGGCAUCCAAGAUCGAGAGAAGGCUUAACAGGAGGGGUAACCCUCGCAAUCCUAGUUUCUCGGCCACGCCUCUUUGGAGAGGCAAUCCGACCUUUGAGCAGGAACGACCUAGUACAUGGGUGUCUAAGUUCACUCCUAAAUCCGAGCUACCAAAGCAGGCACCAAAGGCGACCACCAAGCCUCCAUUCGACUCCUCCAAGCCACGAAGCCGUCACAAGUGCUUCAAAUGCCAAGGAUUUGGACACAUUGCUCCUCAGUGUCCCAAUAGGCGUACCAUGAUUGUCCUACCGAGUGGAGAUGUCGUAUCUGACGACGAGGGCGAGUUCACCGAGAUGCCUCCAUUGAUUGAUAAAGGUGAAGAUUCCAAGGUGGAAGUAGAGGCCACUAAUGAGCAAGUAGGCGUUGUUCUAGUAGCCAGUCGGGCCCUUACGACCCAAGUCAAAAGAGUGGAUAAGGCCCAACGUGACAACAUUUUCUACACACGAUGUCACGUCAAGGGAAGGGUAUGUAGCCUCAUCAUCGACGCGAGUAGUUGUACCAAUGUGGCAAGUACUCUCUUGGUGGAUCAUCUUUCUUUGCCCACGUUGAGGCACCCUAGCCCCUACCGCUUGCAAUGGCUCAAUGAGAGUGACGAUAUCAAAGUCACCAAACAAGUGAUGGUGCCUUUCCGGAUUGGGAAGUAUGAGGACGAGGUCCUUUGCGACAUCGUUCCCAUGCAAGCUUCUCGCAUUUUGUUGGGACGACCAUGGCAAUAUGACAAGAAGACCACUCAUGAUGGCUUUACCAACAAAUACUCCUUCUUGCACCUCAACAAGAAGGUGACACUUGUUCUUCUCACACCUCAGCAGGAAUUUGAGGACGUUUUCCCAGACGAGAUCCCAAGUGGACUUCCGCCACUCAAAGGGAUCGAGCACCAGAUCAAUUUCGUUCCUGGAGCAUCCUUGCCAAACAAACCGGCCUACAAGAUGGGCCCUGAGGAGACUAAGGAGAUCCAACGGCAAGUAGAUGAGCUCUUAGAGAGAGGUUGGGCUCGAGAGAGCAUGAGCCCAUGUGCAGUUCCAGUCAUCCUCAUCCCAAAGAAAAAGGGCACUUGGAGGAUGCCAUCAACGCUAUCGCAGUUAAGUAUCGUCACCCUAUACCUCGUUUAG